ACAAAGAUGCCAUGAAAACACUGACCCUUGCCUGCCUCAGCACUGGUUGUCUUAACUCUUUAAGGUGUAUUUGGGGCAGAUGUUUUCUGAACUGCCUGUUUAGUUGCAACUUUUGCUGCUGGUAUACAUGAGAUAUGAAUCUCUUGGGCAGCUUAAUAUGGGAUUGUUUGCACAGUCCAGGAUUCUGUCCUGGCUUCUGAAUGUAGCUGAUAUCAGGGAUGGGCGAAGAAGAGGGAUAAUUGAUGGUCUAAGUGGGCUCUUGGCUAAUAUCCAAGUGUAUUAAUGGAGCUUGCAUAUGGCAGUUAUGAUUUGACUGUGUGCCAGAGUGCUGCAUGCCCUUCUGUGAUCAUCAUUUCCUAGGUUUCUAUCUGAUAAUUUAAUAUCUUCAUGUGUGUCUAAAAGCUGGAGACCUGUUUAACAAAAUAGGGAUUUGUCUUUUCUAGGCAAAAAUUUCCUAAUUUAGGUGGCUUAAUAUUUUUCAAUAAAUAUGGCAAAGAAUGUGUGUCUCCCUUGGUUGCGAGUCUUUUUACCAUUCAAGGAAAGGUCAAGCACUAUGAAAUGCUCUCAGUGUUAGGACUUUUUUUAUGUUCUCAAAUUUGAUUGGUUUUUUUGAUUAGUUAGAGUAAUUGCCAUGGGGCAAUGUAUUUACUCCAAGUUGUAUUGCAGGACUGAAUGGAUCUCUCCAAAGCGGACCUUAUUUCUAAAUAGGGUCAUCACCCUGAUUGUUCCUUGAGAGGUAACCAAAAACCUGGAAUAUAUCCAGCACUCUAAUAACAUGGUCAUCACUAGCUGUCGAACCUCUCCUGCAACCUGAAACAGAACCUGGAAAGGUUCAGUGGUGUAUUUUAUAAUGCCUUGUUUGGAGGGUAUGGCAAGUAAUUUCUGUUGAGGAGGUACAGGGGAAGAUUACUGCAACACUCCAUUGUAAGACCGGUUUGCCUGCUUUUCAAAGCAACUAAACAGAACUGGAAGCAAAUGGGCUUUGAAUACUCAUAGCAUGCCCUCUAUUUCUUCGUUCAAGUCAUUGAUAAAGACUGAUAAAGUGGUAUUCACUGGGCCCAGGUCAGAACCCUAUGGCAAGCCAUUGGUCACUUCUCUCCGGGAUGAAGAGGAGCCGUUGCUGAGUACACUUUGGGUUUGGCUGGUCAACCAGUUACAAAUCCAUGUAACAGUUACCUUGUCUAGCCCACAUUUUACAAGCUUGUUUGAAAAAAUGUCAUGGGGGACCUUGUCAAAGGCUUUACUGAAACCAAGAUAUGCAAUAUCUCCCCAACUCCAUUCGGGGCCAAAGAAGGCAGCAGAGGCAAGGCAGCAGUGAGAGCGUGUGGUCAGGAGUGGUAAGCUUGAAAAGCCUUUCCCCCAGCCCUCAGGAAGGCCAGCCAGCCAGAAGGCUACCACUCUACUGAAGGAUUUGUUUGAGACCAAAGAAACUUGUGCCUCUCUGCAUGAAACAGUUGUGAAGUUGGCCUUCUUAUUGUUGCUUUCCCAGCAACUUGUAUUCAAAUGCAUAUUGCCUCAAAAUCAAGAAGUUGCAUAAGUUUCCUAGAAAAAAUAAUCAGUAAGAAGUAUGGCUAUUUUCCCAAAAAUAUUACUGAAACCAGAAGUUGAAGCAUAUCUGAAGUCUAUAUUUAAAAAUAAUGAGCUUGUAGCAGCUAUUGGUCCACAGGAAGCUGAACAGAAAUAUGAGUCUCUGUUAAAUAAUUUAUCUCAUCCACCAGCUUUCACAACAGUUCGAGUAAACACUCAUUUGGCAUCUGUGGAACAUAUAAGAAGUCUGCUUUGUGAAGAGCUUCACAAGCAAUAUGCAAGUCUUAAUGUUCCAGUUCUUCAGCAUCCACAGCUUCCUGACAUCUUACUUAUUCCUGUUAUUGGACCCAGAAAGGAUCUACAAAAAUUAUCAAAGGAAGUUAUUGUUGGUGCACAAUGUGGGAGUGCAGUACUUCGUGGAGCUCAUGUCUACGCCCCUGGUAUUGUAUCAGCAUCAAAAUGCAUGAAAGCUGGUGACCUGGUUUCUGUGUACUCUGAUAUUGAAGGGAAAUGUAAAAGAGGAGCCAAAGAAUUUCUGGGAACAAAAGUUUUCAUUGGAAAUGGGAUUUCUGAACUGAGUCGCAGUGAAAUUUUUAAUUCUAAUGGCCCACUGAAUGUGUGCAGCCCCUGGCCACAGGAGCAGAAAAUUGGUCCCUGGUCCUACUGCAGUUGUUCACAUUGUUUGAAGGUGAACAUGAAUGUAUUCUGCUUAGGUACAGGCCAGUUUGGAUUCAGAAAAGCACUAGGAGGAAUGGGAAUAAAAAUGAUUGAGUCUAUUUACCUUAGUCCUUCAUUUGACAACUUGUUACCCAGUUAUCUGUUUUUACAGAAUUUGCCCUCUUCAGUUGUAAGCUAUGUUUUAAAUCCUCAGCCAGGAGAGAGAAUUUUGGACAUGUGUGCUGCUCCUGGGGGAAAAACAACCCAUCUUGCAACAUUAAUGCAUGAUGAGGGAGAAGUCGUAGCCCUGGACAAGAUAGCAGACAAAGUGAAAAAGAUUAAGCAAAAUGCUUCAUUGCUGAAGUUGAAUUGUAUUAAAACAUUUUGUUAUGAUGGAACUAAGGCACUUGCAACUAGCAACAUAGAGAAUGAGCAAGAGGGACCGCCAUUCUUACCAGAAUCAUUUGAUCGAAUACUGCUUGAUGCUCCUUGCAGUGGGAUGGGGCAGAGGCCAAAUAUGGCUUAUUCCUGGUCUUUAAAAGAAGUGACUUCUUAUCAGCCCUUGCAGCGCAAGCUCUUUUCAGUGGCAGUGCAACUAUUGAAGCCCAAGGGCAUCUUGGUAUAUAGUACCUGCACAGUCACACUUUCUGAAAAUGAAGAGCAAGUUGCUUGGGCACUGGAGACAUUUCCAUGCCUCCAGCUUCAGUCACAGGAACCCCAUAUUGGAAGCGAAGGAAUGAUGGGAGCUGGAUUGUCACCUGAGCAGUUGAAACAGUUGCAGAGGUUUGAUCCAUCUGAAGCAGUUUUGCAGGGAAUGGAUUUGGAUUCAUUGCAAAGUGCCAAGUAUGAAGAUUUGAUAAGUCUGGCAAAUAAAGACUCCAUAGGAUUUUUCAUUGCAAAAUUUGUAAAAGUGCAGUGAAAAUCUUUCAGGAUCUCACAAUUCAAAAUACUUUUUCCUGUUAACCUUUGGAAUAUGCUGAACUGUACCUCAUGUUGCAGCAGUGUUGCCAAGCCAACAGACUGACGACACCGUUGCCAUAGCAGCAGCAAAAUCUGCCAGCUGUUUCCCUUGGGAGAGAUCCACAGGUUGGAGAAACAAGUCUGAGGGAAGGGACAGCUUCACUUUUGAACGCUGCAUUUGGUUUUGCAUUAGCACCAGGUCAGUGAUUUUAAGACACUGGCUUGUUUUUCACUUUGUCCAGGUGAUUCAGAUUUUUUAAAAAUCAGCAAUGAGCUACAGUAGGAAAUCUGUAUUCAAAGCAUCUAUACUUCACAGAAAAUAAGCCAUGAAGAUACUGUCAUAUUUUUAAAAAACCUGUUUACUGCUGCUUUGGGGAAAAACCAGUUUUAUUAAAGACCAUAAUUUCAUAUA